AAGCGGGCCGGGUGGCGGGGCGAGCGGGCAGCGCUCAUGGAAGGCGCGGGGGACGGCUCGGGCGAGCGGGUGCCGCUGCUGGGGGCGCGGAGGGCGGCGGCGGCGUUCGCGGGCCGGCGUGCGGCGUGCGGGGCCGUACUGCUGACUGAGCUGCUGGAGCGCGCCGCCUUCUAUGGCGUCACGUCCAACCUGGUUCUGUUCCUGAACGGCCCGCCGUUCGUCUGGGAGGGCGCGCAGGCCAGCCAGGCGCUGCUGCUCUUCAUGGGCCUCACCUACCUGGGCUCGCCCUUCGGCGGCUGGCUGGCAGACGCGCGGCUCGGCCGGGCGCGGGCCAUCCUGCUCAGCCUGGCGCUCUACCUGCUGGGCAUGCUGGUUUUCCCGCUGUUGGCCGCGCCGGCCACGCGCGCCGCGCUCUGCGGGGCCCUGCGCCCGGUGUGCGUGCUCAACUGCUCGGCGCCCUAUCCUAAUGGCAGCGCCACCUGCCCUGACGCCACUGCCCGCCACUGCGCGCCAGCCACUUUUGUGGGCCUGGUCCUCUUGGGCCUGGGCGUGGCCACCGUCAAGGCCAACAUCACGCCCUUUGGCGCUGACCAGGUUAAAGAUAGAGGUCCAGAAGCCACUAGGAGAUUUUUUAAUUGGUUUUAUUGGAGCAUAAAUUUGGGAGCAAUCCUUUCGUUAGGAGGCAUUGCCUACAUCCAGCAGAAUGUGAGCUUUGUUACUGGCUACGUGAUCCCCACUGUCUGCGUUGGCCUUGCUUUUGUGGUCUUCCUGUGCGGCCAGAGUGUCUUCAUCACCAAGCCUCCUGAUGGUAGCGCCUUCACCUACCUGUUCAAGAUCCUGACAUACUCCUGCUGCUCCCAGCAGAGCAGAGAACGCCAGAGUAGUGGUGAAGGCAUUGGAGUCUUUCAGCAAUCUUCUAAACAAAGUCUGUUUGAUUCAUGUAAAAUGUCUCGUGGAGGGCCAUUUACAGAAGAUAAAGUGGAAGAUGUGAGAGCUCUGGUCAAGAUUGUCCCUGUUUUCUUGGCUUUGAUACCUUACUGGACAGUGUAUUUCCAAAUGCAGACCACAUAUGUUUUACAGAGUCUUCAUUUGAAGAUUCCAGAAAUUUCAAGUAUUACAACCACCCCUCAUACGCUCCCUGCAGCGUGGCUCACCAUGUUCGAUGCUGUGCUCAUCCUCCUGCUCAUACCUCUGAAGGACAAGCUGAUCGAUCCCAUCCUACGGAGAAAUGGCUUGCUCCCGUCGUCCUUGAAGAGGAUCGCCGUGGGGAUGUUCUUUGUGAUGUGCUCUGCCUUUGCUGCGGGAAUUCUGGAAAGUAAACGGCUGGACCUCGUGAAGGAGAAAACCAUUAAUCAGACGAUCGGCCGUGUGGUGUACCAUGCUGCCGACUUGCCUAUAUGGUGGCAGGUUCCGCAGUAUGUGCUGAUUGGGAUUAGCGAGAUAUUUGCAAGUAUAGCAGGUCUAGAAUUUGCGUACUCAGCUGCUCCCAAGUCCAUGCAGAGUGCCAUCAUGGGCUUGUUCUUUUUCUUCUCUGGCGUUGGGUCAUUUGUGGGCUCAGGACUGUUGGCACUAGUGUCUAUCAAAGCCAUUGGAUGGAUGAGCAACCACACAGACUUGGGCAAUAUUAACGGCUGCCAUUUGAACUAUUACUUUUUUCUUCUGGCUGCUAUUCAAGGAGCAACGCUCCUGCUCUUCCUGAUUGUUUCUGUAAAAUACGACCAUGACCGGCAGCGAGCAAGAGCAGGCGGGGCGCCCAGCAGCGGGAGGACCUGAGCCUGCAGCGGCUCCUUGCCCUGAUGUGUUAGGACCGCCUGGUGCCUGGAGAGUGUCAGCCGUGGUAAAAGGUCUGACUUGCCGAGACUCGCAUGUUGCCUAGAUUGGUAUCUUCCUUCCUCCUGCCCAGAUGAGCGAGGUCAGUGCCUCACUGCGUUGUCUCCCGCACGCCCAGCCUUCCUGGAGGGAAAUGCAGGUUUUCAGCGUGUUGCUUCUCAUCAUCGGAUGUCCCUCUGUGAAUCCUGUAGCUGUUUCUCUUUUGCAGAGACCCUCAAAUGGGGUGAUGGAGUCUUGGGGGACUACGUGUGUGUUAGUUGGCAUCCCAGUUUCUUAAAUACCUCUUCCUUCCCACAGCCAUGGGUCUCAAUUCUUUUAAAAACAAUUAAUAACAUCUACUUAUAUUGAAGAAGGUGAGGAUCUUCUUUUUAAGAGAUAAAAGUGUGGUCAGAUGCUAUAGGGAUUUUUAUCUAAAGGUCAUAUUUCCUUCGUAAGCCACACAUCUUGCCAUUGCCAGGGUUUUUGGUAUAGGCUGGUACUGAAUAUAUUUCAUCUGCUGCUUCAGAAAAUACUCAACUUUUAAAACCAUUGACAUGACUUUUUUCUUUUUUUUUUCUUGAAAAAGAAUAGAAUAAGAUUUAUUUAAGACAUGUGUCUUGUCUCAGCCUACAGAGAAUGACUUAGAGGAUGUUUUAAACCUUAGCUAGUCAGUCCUUACAUGUAACUUUGUUUUGGGUACUGUUAAGACUAAAGACCAAUCAUGGUUGAAUGUAAGGAAAACAUUCUCUUGAGCAAAACUGGUAUAAUUAAAAAUAAUCAAUUAAAUGUGAACUUGAGCGGUUUGAUACCCAUCAAUUUUUGUAUUGUUAUUUGACAUGUAUCUGGGGGUUCUGAGUUUGUUAAAUAAAGUAUUCAGUAUU